GGGACAUCCUGCACCCCGCCCGACGUUUGCCGGCGGCUAGUCCGUCUGUCCACGCGGGCGACAGAACUGACGGACAGGCACGGGAAAGAGAGGGCAGCGGCCUGGGCAGCGGUGAACCCAAGGACUUCAGGCUGUGGUGACGCGGCCUGGGACGGCCAUGAACCCCUGGGGACGGAAGAAGGACGGCGAGAACUGAUCGGCCCGGCGGGGCCCAGCCAUCUUAACUGCGCACCGCGGCCAGAGAGGAAACUUGCGGCGCGCCGCCCUCUGCACCCUCGCCCGUGGGCGCCACUAGGAGAAGUGGCCGGCCCGGCGGGAGGGGACGCGCACCAGCCCAGGACCCUCCAGUCUGCUCCGAGAGGGCCAGUGCGUCUCGGAAGGCGCGGGGCAGGUCCUGUGGGACUGUGGCGUGCGCGCCUGCGGUCACUCUCCGCGUCCUGGGAGCGGCGCGGAGCAGAGGGGAACGACUGCCCAGGCUUCAGACAGCGCUGCAGCAGACUCGUGAAGGGGUGUAGGUUGUUGGCGGAUUCCCUACCAGCACUCCGAGGGGAGAGGCAGGAAGAGACCCGCAGAUCGACCGCCCUACCCUACCCCAGGUUCCUUGCUGGGUCCCCCUUGGGGGGCGCCCUUCAGCACGCCGCCUGGAGAGGAGGGCGCGGGGCCGAGGCGCGCAGCAUGGAGUGGGGUUACCUGUUGGAAGUGACCUCGCUGUUGGCCGCCUUGGCGCUGUUGCAGCGCUCGAGCGGCGCCGCGGCUGCCUCGGCCAAGGAGUUGACUUGCCAACUGAUCACCGUGCCGCUGUGCAAGGGCAUUGGUUACAACCACACCUACAUGCCCAACCAGUUCAACCACGACACGCAGGACGAGGCAGGCCUGGAGGUGCACCAGUUCUGGCCCCUGGUGGAGAUCCAGUGUUCCCCGGACCUCAAGUUCUUUCUCUGUAGCAUAUACACGCCCAUCUGCCUGGAAGACUACAAGAAGCCCCUGCCACCCUGCCGCUCGGUGUGCGAGCGCGCCAAGGCCGGCUGCUCGCCGCUCAUGCGACAGUACGGCUUCGCCUGGCCCGACCGCAUGCGCUGCGACCGGCUGCCGGAGCAAGGCAACCCGGACAUGCUGUGCAUGGACUACAACCGCACGGACCUCCCCACGGUCUCGCCCAAUGCGCCGCGCCGCCUGCCGCUGCCGCUGCCCGGCGAGCAGCCUCCGUGGGGCAGCGGUUACGGCCGCCCGCCUUGGGCCCGGCUCCCUUACCGCGGCAGCGGCCGGGGCGGAGGAGACGCGGCGGCGGCGGCGGCGGCGGCGUCCCCAGCGCGCGGCGGGAAGGCGAGGUCCCCUGGCGGCGGCGCGGCGCCCUGCGAGCCCGGGUGCCAGUGUCGCGCGCCCAUGGUGAGUGUGUCCAGCGAGCGGCACCCGCUCUACAACCGCGUCAAGACGGGCCAGAUCGUGAACUGCGCGCUGCCCUGCUACAACCCCUUCUUCAGCCAGGACGAGCGCGCCUUCACCGUCUUCUGGAUCGGCCUGUGGUCCGUGCUGUGCUUCGUGUCCACCUUCGCCACCGUGUCCACCUUCCUCAUCGACAUGGAGCGCUUCAAAUACCCGGAGCGGCCCAUCAUCUUCCUCUCGGCCUGUUACCUGUUCGUGUCGGUCGGCUACCUGGUGCGCCUGGUGGCCGGGCACGAGAAGGUGGCCUGCAGCGGCGGCGCGCCGGGCCCGGGAGGCGCGGGGGGCGCGGGCGGCGCGGCGGCGGCGGCGGCAGCGGGCGCGAGCGCGGCGGGCCGGGGGGCGAGCGGCCCGGGCGCGCGCGGCGAGUACGAGGACCUGGGUGCUGUGGAGCAGCACGUGCGCUACGAGACCACGGGCCCGGCUCUGUGCACGCUGGUCUUCCUGCUCGUCUACUUCUUCGGCAUGGCCAGCUCCAUCUGGUGGGUGAUCCUGUCGCUCACGUGGUUCCUAGCGGCGGGCAUGAAGUGGGGCAACGAAGCCAUCGCCGGCUACUCGCAGUACUUCCACCUGGCCGCGUGGCUCGUGCCCAGCGUCAAGUCCAUCGCCGUGUUGGCGCUCAGCUCGGUGGACGGCGACCCGGUGGCUGGCAUCUGCUACGUGGGCAAUCAGAGCCUCGACAACCUGCGCGGCUUCGUGUUGGCACCGCUGGUCAUCUACCUCUUCAUCGGUACCAUGUUUCUCCUGGCCGGCUUCGUAUCGCUGUUCCGCAUCCGCUCGGUCAUCAAGCAGCAGGGAGGCCCCACGAAGACGCACAAGCUGGAGAAGCUCAUGAUCCGCCUGGGCCUCUUCACCGUCCUCUACACGGUGCCCGCCGCCGUCGUGGUCGCCUGCCUCUUCUACGAGCAGCACAACCGCCCGCGCUGGGAGGCCACGCACAACUGCCCGUGCCUGCGGGACCUGCAGCCCGACCAGGCGCGCAGGCCCGACUACGCGGUGUUCAUGCUCAAGUACUUCAUGUGCCUUGUGGUGGGCAUCACGUCGGGCGUGUGGAUCUGGUCGGGAAAGACGCUGGAGUCCUGGCGCGCCCUGUGCACGCGCUGCUGCUGGGCCAGCAAAGGAGCGGCGACGGGCGCGGGCGGCGGCGCGGGACCCGGGGGUCGUGGUGUGGGACCCGGCGGGGGUCCGGGUGGCGGGGGCUCCCUCUACAGCGACGUUAGCACCGGCCUGACGUGGCGAUCGGCCACGGCAAGCUCCAUGUCCUAUCCAAAGCAGAUGCCAUUGUCCCAGGUCUGAGCGAAAGGGAAGCGGGAGCCCAGAAGGGGCGGAGAGGUGGUGGUGAAGGGCGGGGAGGAAGGGGGGGGAUGGUUGAGGUGGGAGAGACCCAAGGCGACGAAGGGACACUUGACGGCCAGGGGUUCCCACCCCUUCACAGUGUUGAUUGCUAUUAGCAUGAUAAUGAACUCUUAAUGGUAUCCAUUAGCCGGGACUUAAAUGACUCGCUUAGAACAAAGUACCUGGCAUUGAAGCCUCCCAGACCCAGCCCCCACCCCCACGGCUCUGGAGGAGCGCCCCCUUCAGGCACCCUUGGUAGUUGGCGUAGGUGGACUCUGCAGUUUCCAGAAUCCAAGGGUUGGAGCCCUCGCUGGUUUCACUGGCUGAGGCUUGAGGCCAGAUGGACAGACGGCACCCACGAUGGGUGUCUUUCCCUCCCCUCGACUCGCCUACGUGAGCUCUCACUCCUGACCUACCCUGGAGAAGGGAUGGCAGCGACCUUGUGGGAUUGCACGGUUUGGGUAUUCUUAAUGACCAGGCAGAUGCCUUAAAUAAACAAGAAAUGUCUUAAUUAUACACCCCAAGUAAAUACGGGUUUCUUACAUUAGAGGAUGUAUUUAUAUAAUUAUUUGUUAAAUUGUAAAAAGAAAGUGUAAAAUAUGUAUAUAUCCAAAGGUAUACAGUGUGUACAUUUUUUGUAAAAAGUUUAGAGGCUACCCCUGUAAGAACAAAUAUAAGUAUUCUAUUUUGUCAAUAAAAUGACUUUUGAUAAAUGAUUUCAACACUGCCCUGUUCCCCGCCUUAGAAGUCCACCCCCUCCCUUUUGCAGUGCUUGCUAAGGACAUAUGAGACAAAAAAUGGACAUUAUCUGGUUUACCAUUCUGUACACUAAUUUUAGGCAUGGAGAAACUACCUGUUAACCUCUAGCUCUUAAACUAUUAGCAAAGUAAAUGUCAUUGUUGAACCGAA